AUGCUUGACAGACUACCCCCUGAGGUUCUUCUCAUAGCACUGGAAUACGUACCCCGCCACGAUCUCAACAACAUGUGCCGCGUUUCCAAGCACCUCUACGCUAUUGCAGUUCCACUUCUGUACAAGUCUGUAACUUUAACUUCCAAUAGAUCUGGAAUCAGCGAGACAUGGAACCAUGUUGACUCUCUACUCCAAGCACCUGCUUUCCCCGUUGACUUAUUAGUGCACAUGAGAGAUAUCGAGAUUCAGGAAAACCGCUCCUCGCCCGGUAAUGGGUGUUUACACAACUAUACAUGGUUGAGACAAUUUAUAUGGACGAACAACGAAUUGGACGAAGACGCGCACGACUAUCACAAGGAAGAAAGAAUAUAUAGGGAUGAAAUACGCUAUCUGUCUUCCAAGCUACUGCAGGUGUUCUCAAGAUGUGCAGCGGAUAGGCUCCAAAGAUUUAGCUGGAACGUUGGAACGUGUCUACCCAGCGAAAUUCUCGGUGACUCUGGAAAUCUAAUACUGAAUCAGCGCAAGCUUGUAGCUAUCCAUCUAAGAACAGGUAGCUCUUGUGCCGCUGGCGGCAGCGAUAUCUUGCUAUCAAAGUUUGCGUGUUUAAGAAGCAUAUCAUGGCCUGACCUAUGUUAUGAACAUCAUGUUCGUGAACUGUGUCUAGCACUUAAGUCGAAUGCGUUCCACCUUACCCAAAUGGAUUUGGGAGUCACGGAUAUAGCUGGUGAUGAAGUAACGCAAUCCAUACAAUCAAUGCUUGCCAAAGAGAUCUUGGACAUGUAUGAUUUGAGAACAGCCUUUCAAUUUCCCGUUCUUCAAUAUCUCUCAUUUUAUUACAUGGAUCUGACUCCGAUAUCCCACGUGCUUUCAUCUAUCUUCAACAUCACCUCACUUCAAUCCUUGAGUCUGCGUCUAUGCAAAUCCUGGGAGUAUGCCUUACUCAACUUUCUCAACUCUGGAUCCAGAAUCGCCUUGAAGACUUUGACGCUAGAGACUGAUAUGAGGCGAGCUGGAGAAGUUAGUGUUCUUGCACUACCAGCUUUCCUUAAAUUAUUCGAGGGGCUAGAAGAGUUGUACAUCUCGGUCCUUUGUUUUGAAAGCCCAGUUCCAAUAUGGCAAUCUGUGCUUACCCACAAGAAAACAUUGAGAAAGCUCGUAUGCCAGCAAUUACAUAUUGAUGGAUACCUGUCCGAGGAACAUGGUCUUUAUUUGGGUGCAACCGGUUUUCUUGAGCAAUUGACGGGUGCUGACCAAAAUCCAUUCGUCGGUCCCAAGCUUGAGUUUUUAGGCAUCUCCAGCAAUGAUUUCGAUACCCUGAAGUCUAUUCUGACCUCGCCAGGUCUCAAAGCAAAUAUUCGUGUUCUCCAUCUGAGACGGUGCGAAGAAUUUUACGAUCAGUCAUACUUGAUAAACUCCGACUGUUGGGAUGAUAUUAGCGAUAAGAAGCUGCCAUCGUUUCGUCAUUUCCUGGCAUGGGCAUUUGGACCCGAAGGCCCCCCUGAACUUCAAGCGGUGGGGCAUUACGCCUUCGUAUCCAUGCAGCCUAGCGAUGUGUUCUACUUUAGAGAUGCACAGCACGAGGAUGGAUAUCGUUGCGUUAUUCGGCGCCGCAGCCAACGAUUCGAUUUAUUUCGGCGUACCUUAUUUGAUCGCUACGUGUAA